AUGACUGAAGACACUUUGAACAGUGGCGUUUAUAAAUCACAUCUAACUAUCAAUGGCUUCAUGAACAACGUGAUCACAAAUGGGAACCUCCCAGAAAAUAACACAGGGGCUGACCAUAUCGAACAUGAACCUAGUUUUACAAAGACAUCUGAACCAUUGACCCAGGGAGCACUACCAUGGAAUGGAGAGUUACCAGGACAGAAACCAAAGGAACUGCGAGAUUCAGUGUUUGCUUCGGCAGGCACUCGAGAAGGACAUACAAGUUGCAGUAUACUGUCCUUGGUGAAUAUGUUCCCUUGGGGUCCUAGUAAAGAAAGCACAACACCCACCAGGAUUUGUACCGAAAAUGACAACAAAUUUCACGGGGGUUUGUGGAAAUCGACAGAUGGAACAGAAGAGAACACCUCUCUAAAUGGAGAACGCAUGCAAGAAAAUUACAAGGCGCUGCCCAAAAUGCAGUCCAGUAUCAAAUUUACUCCUGCGAUAGAAUUACCCUUAGGUGUUAUUCCACUGCGUGCUUCAGAUUCGGUCAAACUUCAUCGACAGACUAUUCACUUAACUCUGAGUGGAGAAGCAAGAACAAAUGAAGCAAAGCACGCAGAGAAGGAAGUGUGUUCAGUGACUGAAAAAAUGGAAGAAUCGAAUGAUUCACGGAUGAUAGACGGUUUUGACAGACCGGAGGACACUUCUCAGAUUACUUUGGAAACAGUCACUUCGAGCCGGCCUGCAUCUGUCCCAUUCACCAAUACGAGCGAGUUCGAAAGCAUUUCGGACACAAGAGAACGAACACCGACACCGAAAUUGAGAACGCGUAAAAUGAAAAGCCGUUCACUUUCAGAAAGUAUGAGAGAACUAUGCAGUCAAGAUUUAGAUCCUUUACAUAGACACAAAGCGGCUUCCGCAACUCCGUGUGUUGGUCUACAAAUGUCGCAGAAAACUUCUAGAGAGUCACCUGAGUCUAUAAAAGUGUUGGUAGUGAAGAAAAACGCGAGUCAAUCUUCUGACUCAGUCUCAAGUAGAGAUCAGUCAUUUCCUCGGCCACCGGAAACUCACCAUUCUAUCAAACCAUCAAGAAAACAUCUGAAUUAUUUCAACGAAGGGUCACCCGAGAUAAGGUCCAUUGUUCCUAUGCCUUUUCGAACAUCCUUUCCUAAUCAACUGCAGAUAAGGAGCGAAAUCGUUGACACCAGCAAAAGCAACUUUGUGUUAACGGUGGAUGCCAGCAAAUCGAUGGGUGCAGAUGAGGUGCGAAUUACACCUAAGCCACUCACCCCGAUUAGGUCCCCUCGCCCUCGCAUCGUGACCAUCCGGAAAGAAGGGCAUGGUCCUAAACGAGAAUGCAGCCUAGACGCACAUUUGAAAAGUUUAAGAUCGAAAAACUGUGAUUCUCUACCGUUAGAACCAUUGGUAUUAGACAGACGGAAAAAGCCCCCCAAUAUUCAAAAUGGCUUUAGAAAUCAGACGGAGAACCAUCACUCAGCUCAAAGAACGUACUCGUAUCCUGGGCCCAAGUACAAAUGUUACGCCGCUCUUGUCUUGGAUGAACCCAAAGUGAUUCGUCAACGGAGCGCCAGAAGACUGGCCACGUGGGAUGCUGUCACACAACAAGGAGAUUCUAAGCAUUUACUAAAAUGGUGUGUUGUUGCCACCAGUAAUGAUGGUGGUAAUUAUGAUGAUGAUGAUGAUGAUGACGACGACGAUGAUGAUGAUGAUGAUGAUGAUGAUGAUGAUGAAGAUGAUGAUGAUGAUGAUAAAUGUGCUGUUAGUGGUGUUGGCCACGAAACAUCUCUGAUGAUGAGAACGUAUGUCUUGAGCGGCAAACACUCUUACAGGCCCAUUUGCCUGAAAAGUGUCUGGUCAUCUGACAAAACCGUUGAGUAUCGCGGUAAACAUCCUGGCCGUUCGCCACUGGUCACGUUGCUCUGUUUAGAGCAUCGAAAAAUCACACAAACGCUUACUCCAUCUGAAUCUCUGUUCAAAGGCUACAACAUUCAUAUUCCC